AUGUAUUAAAUUCAAAUAUUUGCAGAUUAUAUUGCGAUUAAAGUUGUAUUUUGUGCAAAAAAGAAGUAAAGUCAUUAAAUGGAUUUACUUGUAAUAAAUGUUAUUAAGAUUAUUAUAUGGACCCUUUAAAAUCCAUGUUUCUUGUUCUUUACUAUCCUAGGUAUGUUUAGAAAGAAAAAUCCAAGAGAUUUAAGUAUAAUAAAAAUGUUUUAAAAAUAGUAAAUAAAUCCUGAAUUGUGAAUAAAUGAUUUGAAUAUUAUUUAUUCUUAUAUAUGUAUUUAAAAAAGGCAAAACUCUAAUGUUAUUGUGGCCCCUUUUUACUAAAUUGCUAAAUAUUGCAUUAUUGAUAAGUGUGAUAGUCUAAUCUCUUAAACUGUAAACUUCAUUAUAUAAUUCUAGGUAAAAAUUUUGAUAAAUAUAUUUUUGAUGAAAUUAAUUUUUUAAAUUAUUUCAAUAAGUUCAAUUUUAAUUACUUAAAUCAUGUAGGAGCAUAAAAAUUUUAGAUAAUAAUUCCUUUUUAAGACCAUGAUCUUUUUCAAAGCACUAUAAGGUUUUAAAAAGCUUAGGGAAUUUAUGAAAAUGUCUAUAUGUAUUUUAAAAUUAACCUUUACUCCAAGUCGCCAUAGACUUUUCAUAGUACCAAUUGUUAUUACAAAUUUCUUAAUAAGGAAAUAUCAAAAAGCUUAGGGAUUUUGA